AACCCAGAAGGGAAUUUUUUCUUCCAUCGCUCUCGCUGUCUUUUUUUGUUUUGUUUUUUUACCAUUCGCAGUCUUUUAACGUUUGUAAACUUAGCCAUUUCCCUUCAUCUUCUCCACUGCUAACCAGCGAAAAUUCUAAUAAUCGAUAAUGGAUGGGAAUGAUUCUGUAGAUUCAAAACAGGACACUACGGAUAUGGCACUUUUCGUCCAGAAUUUACUUCAACAGAUGCAAUCAAGGUUCCAAACAAUGUCUGAUUCCAUCAUCACGAAGAUCGAUGAGAUGGGCAGCAGGAUAGAUGAGCUAGAACAAAGCAUCAAUGAUCUCAAAGCAGAGAUGGGUGCAGAGAACUCUUCUCCUCCAGUUCCUCCUGCGGAUGAUUCCAAGUCACCCAAUGAAUCCUAAUGCAAUAGCUUAAGGAAAUUCGGCAUCUAAAGCCAGUAAUUCUAGACUCUAUUUCCUUCAGUCCCUGGCUUUUCUCAUAUGGAAAAUCCGUAGUAUACUAGCAUUUAAAUUUUUGGAACAAAAAAAUAUACCUUAUAUUUGUAAUUCAAGCCUCCUCUAGUUGCUAUUUUCAUAGACUACCCUUAUAUUUGUAACUCAUCCUUUUGUUGAAUGUUGAAAACCAUCAGCAACAUGCAUCUUAUUCUUUAAACAGAACUUUAAGGCCAUGAUUAGGCUUUUUAAUCUAUUGCAUAUUUGAAGACUGUAA